AUGGAGAAGAAAGGCAAGAAAAGAAAGGACCAUCUGCUUUUUAAGCCAUGCUACUCACCACCACCACCCUUCCCCACAAAGAAUAAAAACAUGGAUGAUUUGGUUUUCAUUUUAAAGGAUUUUUUUCAAAUUCAGUUCAGAGGGGUAAUGGGUUCACAAAGGCCAAAGAAGGUGCAGGAAGUUCUGCAGAUAAGAGACUUUGACAUUUGUGGAGAAGUCCACGUGCAAACGACAAGGUUCAGGACUUCAGAGAAAAUGAAAACAAAUAUAUUUUUCACCCCAAAAGCAUCAUCCAUCAGGCCUCAGUUCAUUAGCACUUGCAAUUAA